AUGUCUCUCACAAACUCGAGUGCCCUCGAGGCCGCCCAGGCUGCAAAGUCAGCCUCGCACCUCCUCGCCACGCUGCCCGUCGGCGCCCGCAACGAUGCCCUGACCGCCAUCCACGACUCGCUGGUGGCCUCCAAGGACGCCAUCCUGGCCGCCAACGCCAGGGACAUGGACGCCGCCCGCCAGGCCGCCGCCGACGGGCAGCUGUCGCCGAGCCUGGUGUCGCGGCUGGACCUGGCCAAGGCGGGAAAGUGGGAGGACAUGCUCAAGGGCAUCCUGGACGUGCGCGGGCUCGGCGACCCGCUCGGCGUCGUCGACCUGCGCACCCGCCUCGACGACGGCCUCGUGCUCGAGCGCCUGACCUGCCCCAUCGGCGUGCUGCUCAUCAUCUUCGAGGCCCGCCCCGAGGUCAUCGCCAACAUCGCCAGCCUGGCCAUCAAGUCCGGCAACGCCGCCAUCCUCAAGGGCGGCAAGGAGAGCACCCACAGCUUCGUCGCCAUCUCCACCGCCAUCUCCGCCGCCCUGGCCCCCGCGCACGUCGCCGUGCCCGACGCCGCCGUCCAGCUCGUCACCACCCGCGACGUCAUCCCCCAGCUGCUCGCGCUUGAUGCCUACGUCGACCUGGUCAUCCCCCGCGGCGGCAACGACCUCGUGCGCUACGUCAAGGACAACACCAAGAUCCCCGUCCUGGGCCACGCCGACGGGCUCUGCGCCGCCUACCUGGACCGGUCCGCCGACCCCGCCAUGGCCGCCGCCGUCGCCGUCGACUCCAAGACGAGCUACCCGGCCGCGUGCAACAGCCUCGAGACCCUCCUGGUCGACGAGGGCGCCCUGGACGGCGCCGUCUUCCCCGCCGUCGCAGAGGCCCUCCUCGCCAAGGGCGUCACCCUGCGCUGCGACGCCCGGACCAAGGCCGCCGCGGAGAAACUACUACCAGCCACGGCGGGGGGCAAGGUCGAGGACGCGCGGGACGUCGACUUCGACACGGAGCACCUGGCACUCGUGCUGGCCGUCAAGGCCGUGUCCGGGGUGGAGGAGGCCGUCGCGCACAUCAACACGCACGGGUCGCACCACACGGACGCCAUCCUGACCUCGGACGCGGCGCAGGCCGAGCGCUUCAUGACGGCCGUCGACUCGGCGGGCGUGUACUGGAACGCGUCGACGCGCAUGGCCGACGGCAUGCGCUAUGGCUUCGGCACCGAGGUCGGCAUCAGCACCAACAAGAUCCACGCCCGCGGCCCCGUCGGGCUCGAGGGCCUGACCAUCUACAAGUACAAGGUCCGGGGUACCGGCCACGUGUCGGCUGUGUACGGCGAGGGCGAGGGCAAGAAGCGCUUCCUGCAUGAGAAGAUGGCUUUGUAA